GCCGAUAGAGGGGUGCAUCUGUUUUCUCGCCGCCUCACCUCUCUAAGCCUAUUAUUCACAUCAAUUCAACGUCAAACUACUGAUUUUUUGUGCGGACAAUAAACACCAGUCAAGAUGGUGAAGUUCACAGCGGAAGAGCUUCGUCGUAUUAUGGACCGCAAAUACAAUAUUCGUAACAUGUCUGUCAUUGCACACGUCGAUCACGGAAAAUCAACCCUCACUGACUCUCUUGUGGCUGCUGCCGGUAUUAUUGCCCAAGAAGUGGCAGGAGAUGUCAGGAUGACUGAUACUCGUGCAGAUGAAGCUGAGCGUGGCAUCACCAUUAAGUCUACUGGUAUCUCCCUCUACUAUGAGAUGACUGACGAAGCCCUCAAGGCCUACAAGGGAGAGAGGAAUGGGAAUGAAUACCUGAUAAAUCUGAUUGAUUCUCCUGGGCACGUGGACUUCUCAUCUGAGGUCACAGCCGCUCUUCGUAUCACUGAUGGAGCGCUGGUGGUGGUGGACUGCAUUGAGGGUGUGUGUGUGCAGACCGAAACGGUGCUUCGACAGGCACUGGGAGAGAGAAUCAGACCUGUUCUGACCGUCAACAAGAUGGACAGGUGUUUCCUUGAGCUGCAGGUGGAUGGAGAGGAGGCUUACCAGACCUUUUCGAGGGUUAUUGAGAAUGCUAAUGUGAUCAUGGCCACAUACGAAGAUCCUCUGCUGGGUGACUGCCAGGUUUACCCGGAGAAAGGAACAGUUGCCUUUUCAGCUGGUUUGCACGGCUGGGCUUUCACCCUAACCAACUUUGCUAAGAUGUAUGCUUCAAAAUUCGGAGUUGACGAGUCAAAGAUGAUGGAAAGGCUGUGGGGUGAAAACUUUUUUGAUCCGGCCACCAAGAAGUGGACAUCCAAGAACACUGGUUCUGCCACUUGCAAGCGUGGGUUCGUUCAGUUCUGUUAUGAGCCCAUCAAGCAGAUAAUCAGCACCUGCAUGAAUGACCAGAAGGACAAGCUGUGGCCGAUGCUGCAAAAGCUUGGUGUGACCAUGAAAUCUGAGGAGAAGGAUCUGAUGGGCAAACCCUUGAUGAAACGUGUGAUGCAAACGUGGCUUCCAGCUAGUGAUGCGCUAUUGGAAAUGAUGGUGUUCCAUCUUCCCUCACCCGCAAAAGCUCAGAAGUAUCGUGUUGAGAACCUGUACGAGGGUCCACUUGAUGAUCCUUAUGCUGCUGCUAUCAGGAACUGUGAUCCUGAAGGACCUCUGAUGCUCUACGUGUCAAAGAUGAUUCCUGCAUCAGACAAGGGAAGGUUUUUUGCCUUUGGGCGUGUGUUCUCUGGUAAGGUCUCUACAGGUUUGAAGGUGAGAAUCAUGGGACCCAAUUAUGUGCCUGGAGAGAAGAAGGACUUGUAUGUGAAGAGCGUGCAGAGGACUGUUAUCUGGAUGGGAAAGAGGCAGGAAACUGUUGAGGAUGUGCCAUGCGGUAACACUGUUGCCAUGGUUGGUUUGGAUCAAUUUAUCACCAAGAAUGCCACUUUAACGAAUGAGAAGGAAGUGGAUGCCCACCCAAUCAGAGCUAUGAAGUUUUCUGUGUCUCCCGUGGUGCGUGUUGCUGUUCAGUGCAAGGUCGCUUCAGAUCUUCCCAAGCUUGUUGAGGGUCUGAAGCGGCUGGCUAAGUCAGAUCCUAUGGUUGUUUGUUCGAUUGAGGAGUCUGGGGAGCACAUUGUUGCUGGUGCUGGUGAACUUCACCUUGAGAUCUGUUUGAAGGACUUGCAGGAAGACUUCAUGGGCGGAGCUGAGAUCAUUAAAUCUGACCCUGUUGUGUCCUUCCGUGAGACUGUGCUGGAGAGAUCUUGCCGCACUGUGAUGAGCAAGUCGCCCAACAAGCACAACCGUCUGUACAUGGAGGCGAGACCCCUGGAGGAAGGACUUGCCGAGGCAAUUGAUGAUGGCAAGAUCGGUCCAAGGGAUGACCCCAAAGCUCGUUCCAGAAUCUUGUCAGAAGAGUAUGGUUGGGACAAGGAUCUGGCCAAGAAAAUCUGGUGUUUUGGGCCCGAGACGCUUGGACCAAACAUGGUGGUGGAUAUGUGCAAGGGAGUGCAGUAUCUGAAUGAAAUCAAGGAUUCAGUGGUUGCUGGGUUCCAGUGGGCAUCAAAGGAAGGCGCAUUGGCUGAAGAGAACAUGAGGGGCAUCUGCUUUGAGGUGUGCGAUGUUGUUCUUCACGCUGAUGCCAUCCACAGAGGUGGUGGUCAGAUUAUUCCCACGGCAAGGAGAGUGUUCUACGCUUCCCAGCUGACUGCUAAACCCAGACUUAUGGAACCAGUUUACCUUGUGGAAAUCCAGGCUCCCGAGCAGGCUCUUGGUGGCAUCUACAGUGUUCUGAAUCAGAAGCGUGGACACGUGUUUGAGGAGAUGCAGAGGCCCGGUACACCCCUGUACAACAUCAAGGCAUACCUCCCUGUCAUCGAGUCAUUUGGGUUCUCAAGCACUUUGAGAGCUGCAACAUCAGGUCAGGCUUUCCCUCAGUGUGUGUUCGAUCACUGGGACAUGAUGUCGUCAGAUCCAAUGGAGGCCGGGUCACAAGCUGCACAGCUUAUUGCUGACAUUCGCAAGAGGAAGGGAUUGAAGGAGCAGAUGACUCCACUUUCAGAAUACGAGGACAAGCUUUAAAUUUUGUUCAGUUUCCAACUUUUGUCAUUAGUUUUUCUCUAUGACGUGCUGUUUCUGUGUUCGUUUUAUUUAAGCGGCUUUAUUUCGUCAGCAAUUUUAAAUACUCAAGCACCCAUUUAGCAUGUAUUUUUGAACUCGUGAUUGUCAGGUUCCACUUACAGAAUUGUAACAAAUACAUUGAUGAUUUCUGGUGCCAUGGCAUUUUGAUUGAGCUAUUUUAUGUUUACUGACUUUACUCAG